GAAACCCAAAAGCCCAUCAUUUAAAGUACGCGGCGAGUUAAGGGAUCUCAUGAAAAUGUUGCUUCCGACCUGUUUUCUGUUUGGCGUCCUGCACCUGACCCCAUUAGUGCAGGCCGUAGGGUUUCCGCCACUGGACGACGCGCGAGUGAAGCAGGUAUUUGGCUGGAAGCAGAUCGAUUUUAAAUAUGCUAGCCCCAAGGCACGGGCAGAGGCCAUCAGCAGCGGCGAAUUCAACCCUUCUGACGUGCAUGUCGCUGGAGUCCAUGUGGCUGGUAACCGCGUCUUCCUCUCCAUGCCUCGCUGGAAACCCAAGGGCAUUCCCGCGACUCUGGCGUUCGUCGAGUACCCCUCCAGGGACGCUGCGCCCCCGCUUACCCCCUACCCUGACUGGGCCUCUCAAAAGGUGGGCCAAUGCCAGGGCUUGACCUCGGUGUUCAGGGUCACAACAGAUGAGUGCGGGAGGCUGUGGGUCCUCGACACAGGCAUAGCAAGUUCCAUUCAGCACGAGUACACUAGAGUCUGUCCUGCCAAGGUGCUCACCUUUGACCUCAAAACAGACAAACUUGUCAACACCUUCAUCCUAAAAGACGAAGAAGCUGUGAGAAACGAGUCGUUGCCUGUUAACAUCAAGGUGGAGUAUCCAAAGGGCACCUGCGGCUCGCCAAAAGACGCGUUCCUUUACAUUGCAGACACUGCCUCCUUUGCGAUAAUCGUUGCUGAUUUGUCUUCUGGCCAGUCGUGGCGAAUCAUUCAGAAAACCGUUCUCCCCGAUCCAGAAGCAAGCACUUUCCACGUUGGAAAAAAAACCUUUGAAACGAUGAACGGAAUUAUGGGAAUGGCCCUGAGUGCCCCUGGGAAAGGUGACCGAACGUUAUAUUUUUCGUCAAUGAGCUCAUUCAAACAGCACUGGGUGAAAACGUCCGUUCUUCGCAACAAGGACUCUGUCUUGAGCCCUCCGCGCGAUGAAUUCAAAACCGGGUCCCUGCCGCGAACCAGCCAAACAGGCGCCUACGCCAUGGACAAGAAUGGUGUGCUGUUUUUUGGGCUGCUAAACUCGGAUGCCCUCGUUUGCUGGAACUCUCGCCGCAACCCCUACGAAAGUAGGUUCUUCGGUGUCUUGGCGCAGGACAAAGUGGCAAUGAAGUUCCUCGCAGAAGUAACGAUUGAUGAAACUGGGCGCCUCUGGGCUAUUUCUUCAGGCAUACAGACGUAUUUCUCAGAAAAGAUGAACCCCAAUGAGAUCAGCACUCGCGUUUUUAUGAGCGAAAGCACCGUCACUGCAGUCAAGGGGACCAUUUGUGAUAAUGACGAAAUAAAGAAAAAAAGGGCCUACAAGAGGGACAGAACUAAUGAAUCCUUGCCAUAUACCGAUAUGAGGCUGUUGCUGUUAGCCAGCCUCUUAUCUCUGCUGAGCACAGUGCUCGCCGCAGCAGAGAAAAAAGAUGCAGGGGCUGCGAAGCAACGGGUCGUGGAAGUAUUUGGGUGGAGUCAGUUUGAUUUCAACUACCCUAGCGAGGAGCAGAGACAGGAAGCUCUGAAAAAUGGUUCUUUUGUGCCGUCCGCCGCUGUUCCAACAGGUAUUCACGCAGCCGGAAAUCGCGUGUUCGUGAGUCUGCCUCGCUGGAAGAGCGGAGUGCCGGCAACCCUGGCCUACGCUGAGUACCCUGACGCAAAGGGCGAGCGUUCGCCGCGGCUCAACCCCUAUCCCAGCUGGGAACUGAGCAGGGAGGGCAACUGCGAUGGGCUGACCUCGGUGUUCAGGGUGUUUAUCGACGAAUGCAACAGGUUGUGGGCCAUCGACACUGGUUGGUCGUCCUCGUGGCUCGUGCCUAACCGCAUCUGCCCUGUAAAGGUUAUGGCAAUCGACCUAAAAACCGAUAAAGUUGUCCUGCAAUACGUCCUUCCGAAGCACGUGUUGAAAAGUGAUGCCCUUCCGGCAAACAUACAGGUGGAAUUUCCUAAGGGCGGUUGCAAAAACCCGAAACAAGCGUUCCUCUACAUCGCCGACACAGUGGCCUACUCCAUCAUUGUGGCAGACAUGUCCACCGGUGACGCUUGGCGUGUUACAGACAAAACUGUCUAUCCGAAUCCCGAAUGGACCACUUUCCACGUUGGUGGACAAACCUUUGACUUGACGGAUGGCGUCAUGGGAAUGGCUUUAGGUCCGCGUAUGGCUAACGGAGACCGUGAAUUAUAUUUCUCGGCGAUGGGCGGUGACAUGCAGCAUUGGGUGAAAACGUCGAUAUUGCGAGACAAGAAGAAGGCCAAAAAUUCCCCUAAUGCUUUUAAGACGGGCCUCAAGUCCAGGCAGAGCCAAACUGCUGGCUACGCCAUGGACAAAAACGGCGUUAUGAUAUUUGGUUUGCUCAAUUCGGACGCUCUCGUUUGCUGGAACUCAAAAAGUCCAUUUGAACCGAGGAAUUUCGGCUACCUCGCGCAGGACAAGACGGCAAUGCAGUUUCUCGUCUCCGUCGUGAUCGACAAUAUUAAAAGAGUGUGGGCUCUCUCUGCUAGGAUUCAGCAGUUUGUUUUGGACACCAUUGACCCAAACGAUGUCAACUUCAGGGUUUUCAUGAGUCCAUCUGUGAAACAAGCGAUUGAGGGCACCGUUUGUGACGCCCAUGGAAAAUAAUUCGGAUGCCGGAACAAAAAUUGACCUCAGAUUCUGAAUCAGCGCAAAAUAUUGGUCUAGAAAUCACAUUUGCAUGAUGAGAAGUUUCGAAACUUUUUUCCAAAAAUUGGUUUAAAAUGAGAUUCCCAUAAGAAACUGUUUUGGUGCAGCGACGAAACCACUCGUCUGAAAGGGUUGAAAAUUUCACUAUCAAAACUUCUACAGUUUCUGACCGGCGAGCCGUUGUAAUUUCGAUCACACCCCAACCACUCUUUUCAGGGUGGUCAGUUAUUUUGGAACGUUGAAUAUAUAAUUGUUUAUUCUAAUCUAACAAUAAUAGUCAUAAUAAAAAUAAUUGCGAGCACGAAAAGAUCUCUCCCAAAUGCGCCUACGUGAAGCUGUGCAAGCAACCUGUCGAAUAGUCCGAGCAGGAAGUCAGAAUGGGCUACGACACACAUGGUCUUCUGUGAGUAGUGCGUGAAGAAACACGACAAGUGUCAAAGUGCUAAGGGAUUUAAUGAAAUUGAAAAAAAGAUUUUUAGAGUGGUAUUUUAUUGAUUUUAAUCGCUGAAGUGAACAGCUUUCCGUUGAAGAACUCAUAGCCCCUUGAAUUAUAGGAUUUACAGUUUUACUCUUUGAUAUAUUUAAUGUUAAACCUCCCCUAUAGUAACCCUGAUUUCAUUUUUACAUUUAAAAAGAGAUUUUAACCGAUCCAGCAUAUAGCCCCUUAUAUAUUCAAACGGGAAAAUUCUGUUGGUGUAUUGAAAAGAUAUUUCGUAAAAAUUUGUACUAAUAUUUUAUUUAGUAUACAUAUCGUAGUUUGGUCAAAAAUAUUUUGAUCACUGGAUCAUUUAUUCAAAAUGAGUAAUUUUAUCAAGGAUGAAGAUAAUAUUUAUUUGUCUCAACUCAAUUAGGUAUGAAUAAAUUUAUUAUUAAUUUACAACCCA